AUGCUCUACAGGUGUCGAUGGUGCGAAAAGGCACAAUGUGAGGAUUGUAUUGACUGGAAAACCUUCAAACCUAUCGGAGAUACAUUACCUGAGUUUGAUGUUCUUGGUUUCGCAAAGGCCCCAACUGCAUUUUUCAUUCAAUGUCAAGAUUGUACCAAGAAAUUCGAGUCCGGUGAGAAAUUCAAGGCUAGUUGCGAGAGAUCCGAGAAGAAGUGGGCUGAAGAAUCGGAAAAAUUGAAUGCCGUUAACGGAGAAGCUAUUGAGAAAUCAGAGAUGGACGUGGAUAGGAAAGAAGAACUCGGAGGUGGAAUCAACAAACCUAUUGUUAUCGAUGAUGAUGAUAGUGAAGUGGAGGAAGUUACAGUCUCGCCAUUUCCAGUGAUGAAGCCUUCAAGAGGCGGUGAGACCAGAGGCUUCAUUGAUUAUCGUGAUUAUAUGGUACCGCGAAGCAGCACUACAAAUCCAGAACAAGCUACACAAUUUUCCGAGAGACGAUUGAACCUUGACGAGGAAGUCAGUAGGAUUCUCAAUACGCCGGGACAAGCAAUACAACCUACCGGCAACACUUUGGCAGGUACACCAGGAAUGAGACCAAUGACAGAUGCGGAGCUCAUUGCCACACAAUUUGGGUAUGGCAGAGUUAAUCGACAAAUUACUACCAAUCAACCAUACUUCGUAUCUCGACAUGGAAGUAAUGGUAAAAGUCUUGGUGAGUUAGGUUAUUUCCCAAGAAAUUCUGGACAUCCUGAUCCUCGUUAUAGAUCAGCAAAUGUAUCUGAUGAAGGAGGUUAUGGUAUGCGGAAUGUUCCGGGCGUAGCAAGAGAAGCUGGACUACGGGUACCACAGGGACCAUCGGGACACCAUGGAUUGAUCGGACAAAUUGGACAACCACAAAACCAGGUACAGCAUGGUACUUCUGCCAGCACACAGAAUAUUCCAAGACCAAUCGAGCAGCCUCAACGACAGUUACCACAAAAUGCAGCUCCUUCCAGACGUUCUGCUUCUAUGCAUGGUGCUCCAAGAGUCCCCAAGCAACCUGCAGAACCUCAGUAUCUUGUACGUCACAACGGAAGUUUCUUUAAAGGUACCGGUAGUAUGUACAAUGGCUCUACCGCUUUAGAACCACUACAACCUGUCACUACCCGCGAUAUCCAUAGACCAAGACUCGAUGGUCCACCAUACAAGUUUAAAUGGGAGAAGAAGCCAAAAUCGGAGGAUAAAUGA